AUAAAUUCUUCAAUGUUUUGAGUUUGAUCUGCAUCAGUGAUUUCACGCGGCAAUGUUUUUGUUUGGGGACCGAAAUGUUAAAAAUUUUGGAAGAAAUUUUACAGCAGGAAUUAUCAAAAAACAGCCAAAUUUCAACAUUUUCAUCGAACUUGGAUAGUCUUUUAGGUGGAGGGGUUAAAGUUGGCAGCAUAACGGAAAUUGCCGGUGAAAGUAGCACUGGAAAGACUCAGUUGUGUUUCCAAUUAGCUACAAAUGCUCACAUACACACCAAGUAUGGUGGGGUGGGUGGGGAGACGGUUUAUAUCGAUACAGAGAUGACGUUUAAAACUGAGAGGAUUGGUCAAAUUGCUCAAGCAAUGGUUCAUCAUUUUGAAAGAACAAAGCAUGCAACUGACAUGAGUGCCGAUACAGUUUUAUCUGGAAUAUAUUUAUUUCGAUGCAUAAAAAUGGUUCAAUUACUUGCGGUAUCUUAUCAACUAUUUGAAUUUGUGAAAUCUCACCCAAAGGUUAAGCUUGUGAUAGUGGACAGCAUAGCACAANGNNUGCGGGCAGAGGAAGAUAUGAAAAUAAGAAACAAACUUCUAAAUAAUCUUGCUGCUAAUUUAAGGAAAAUCGCAAGUUUGCUCAAUGUUGCUGUUGUGUUAGUUAAUCAGGUCACAACCAGAUUUGACGAGUAUGGAAACUCAUGUAUGGUUCCUGCUUUAGGUGAAAGUUGGUCUAACAUACCACACACAAAGUUAUUCCUGUACAAACUUCAAGGUCUCAGAUUUGCCCUUCUUACCAAGUCACCCACCCAACCAAGAAGAAAAGUAAAUUACGUGAUAACAUCAAACGGAAUCCGUGAUACAGCUCAUGAUGUAUCAUAUGAUAACAUCAUAAACAUAUCACAAAACACAACUGAGCAGUUACUUGCUAAUGAUCAUGAUGAAACAGCUGCUCCCGUGAUAAAACAAUCCUUAGUUCAUGAGGAAGACAUACAACAACAAUGGAUUGAAUUGUCGCAGAAACAACUCGUAACUGAGGACGAACCUGACAUUGUGACAUCACAGUCAGUGUCCUCUUCAUCCAACCAAGCAAUUAUAACAUCACAGUCAAAAGGUUGUUCAUUUAACAAAGACAUUAUGACAUCACAGACAGAAAGCUGUUCGACCAGCCAUGACAUUAUGACAUCAGAACAAGUUCAACAACCUCCAUCUCCAAUUCUGUCCAGACGAAAAUCUCGAAAAAGAAAACGAGUUUUAGAUAAUUAAAAUAAUAUAGUGUCAAAUAUAAAAACCAACUUUGCCUUUAUCUCAAGUCCUAUGUAGGACCUUAUCCUCUGACUGUUGGGAUAAUAGGCCAAGGUGCUCAAAAACCUUAGUUGGAAAAUGUAGAGGUUUUCUUAUUCUAACAAUGUUUAUAUUUACUCAACUAUAUUUAAAAUUUUCUUAGUGUUUUAUUAUAUACAUUUUGUUAUUAAGUUCUAUAUUUA